CUCAGACGUCUGAGCUCAGUUGUCAUUAUUGUUUUACUACUUUUAUUUGAGAAAGUGAUAGUGAUGCAUGGAGGUCUGAAAAUGGUGUUACUGCAUUUCCAAGUGGAAAAUUGAGGAGAUAUUGACCAAGAUCUUAUUGUAUACUGUUUGAGACUCCUACUGUGUGUGUGUGUGUGUGUGUGUGUGUGUGUGUGUACAUCUCUUCAUAUUUUCGCGUGGAGUGUAUUUCAUAUACUAAUUGUCGAGCGGAUGAAAGUUGGAGCUUAUUCAAUCGGCAAGUUUGGUUUUCCGAAUCUGCAGCUGCCUUCGAGAUGCAUUUGUUGAGGCAUGUUUUACCAUAUCUGAUGAACGUGUCCCUCGUUUGGGUUGUAGAACUUUUGAUGCAGCCUGUCGCUGCUGAUCUGCCGUGCAAUCGAUCACAAAUCGAGGAAAGGUUGAAAAAAGCCGAUAUCAUUCCUCAGUUUUUCGACAGAGCACCAAAACAUGUAUUGGAGAUCGAAUACAACGACAGGGUAGCUGUUGAGUUUGGAAAUAUUCUUGAUUCUUCCGAGGUGAAACGAAUGCCCGUUUUGAUGAGAUGGCCAUCGAAUUUCACAACUUUUUAUACAUUAAUUAUGACAGAUCUUGAUUCUGAUGUGAGCCGACGGCCAAGUAAAUACAACGAGUGGCAGCACUGGGUUGUCGGGAAUAUUCCUGGACACUUUCAUCAGAUGGGUGAGACAUUGACACCCUAUAUGGGGGCGAUGGCUCCCCAUUGGCUAGAGUUUAAGAAAGGUCAUCACAGAUUCGUAUUCUCUGUUUAUAUGCAAAAGAAGGGGAAAAUAUACUUCACUGCACCUCGUCUUCCUGCAUUGUUCGAUACACGACGAACAAAUUUCUCGACUCGCCAUUUUGCGGAGGAGUACGAGUUGGGACAACCAGUGGCGAUCAAUUAUUUCUUAGUUCAACCUAGAGAGCCAACUGCACGGCCGAGAAGGUGGAAACAACAAUUAUUAUAGAAUGCUUGCUGCAAUUUAAAAAUCAAAAUCCAAGGGAUUAUUUCAAUCUAUGAUUUAAAUUUUUACAUCUGGACAAAUAUUCAUUCGUUCAGCCGUAAGGAUUCAACCAAAAAAUAUGUUCACAAUGUGUCAGAAUAAAAUUAAUGAAACCCUAGUAACACCAAUCCAUAAAACUGAAGUAUUCAUUUUUGAUUUUUUCACACAGAGUGUCAGUUCAUGGAGACUGAGGUAUAUCGCGACUCUGUAACUUCAAUUCUACUUCACUUUUUAGACAUAUUAUGUGUGCCUAUAGAGUGUGUAGAGCGCUAAUUACUUGGCGUCAGUGUUUCAUUACUGGAAAAAUUAUGGGCACAUAAAAAUAGCGAUUUGUUUCAUUGGUAAAUUUAUAAUUUUUAUUUAUAUCAUUUACAAACAAUUUUACUUGCAAUUGUGUCAAUUGGACCAUUAAUUAACUAUUCAAAGACAAGGUCCUCUGACGUAGGUCUCGGGAGUAGUGGCUAAUGUGCGAAAACGUAGUUUAGUUUUUUAUUUUUAAAUGUUAGAAUAACCUUAAAAGACUUAAAAUUUGAGUGAUUCUUUUCCGUAGUUUAUUUCAUUGUUUUUAAUUUUUUAUUUACAAAUAAGACUACAGAUUAGUAAAUAUUUUUUUAGUGAAAUGUACAGUAUAAGACAGAACAACCAAUAUGGAUUUUGUUCUGCAUUGUCAUAACGUAGAUCUCAACUUAUGAACAGAGGCACUGAAAAGCAAAUUAUGAAGAUUUGAAGAGUUGCAUGCAUAUUGGUAGUUUAUGUAUAUAGUGUACCAACCUCAGAGUGAAUAAACCGUUAAAAAAGA